GAGUCUGAUGCAUUGUAGAGAAAGAGAGAAGAGAGAGAUGGAAGCUUCAAUGAAGUGUCUUUGCUUCUUUGGGCUGAUUUUGAUUGUGGGUGUUGCUGUGAUCGACGCGGCUGGGGAAUGUGGGAAAUCUUCCACUGAAAACGAAGCUUACAAGCUUGCCCCUUGCAUGUCAGCAGCCCAAGAUGGGAAUGCUGUAGUUUCAGACAAGUGCUGCCUUCAGGUGAAGAGAAUGGGCCAGAAUCCGAGCUGCCUCUGUGCUGUGUUGCUCUCCAACACUGCCAAGAGCGCUGGGGUCAAGCCGGAUGUUGCCAUUACGAUUCCUAAACGUUGCAAUCUUGCCGACCGUCCCGUGGGCCUCAAGUGUGGAGCUUAUACAUUGCCUUGAAGAAGAGGUCGACAUGGUGUUAAGGACCAUGGGCCUGUUUGGAUGAGAUCUUGUUAUCUCUCAAAUAAAAAUGCUACUGGUCAUAUGUGCUGUGUAUGGUACUAUGUGGAUAUAUGAAUAAUGCAUGAUGUGGGUUUUUCUUAUGUGCUGUGUAUGGUAUGUGGAUAUAUGAAUAAUACAUUAUGUGGGUUUUUCUUA